AUGCGCACGGCCGAAGUAAGUGGACAGAACUACGAAAAGCGCUGCGAAGUUUGGUAUAAGUUAUUUUUUGAUAACAGCGUCUUGUUUUAUAGAGAUAGCGAUCAGUAUCUACGACGUAUCCUUCUACCACUAUCCAUAGUAGACAAAGUUAUAGAGAGGGUAUACGCAGAGUUAGGACAUGUAGGUAUCUAUAAGACCGAGUGGGCCCUUAGGCGCAGAUACUACUGGCCUAAUUUAAAGCGCUCUGUUUGGAAUUGCAUACGGUACUGCACCCAAUGCAAUCAGCUUAAGCCACCACGAAAGCUAAAUAGGGCCUCCCUUCAUCCAAUCUUGACCGGGUAUCUCAACGAGCGCGAUGGCAUUGGCAUAAUCGGACCCAUAUCCGAGUCCCACAGAGGUAACCGGUACAUUCUAGUGAUGGUUGAUUUCUUCACAAAGAUGGCCGAAGUAGAAGCCCUGUCAGAUGUGUUUGCCGACACAGCCCUGGCUCCGGUCCUUGAAGAAGGUCUUGGUAUCCAUACUUCUUUUUCGACUGCAUGCGACCACCUUCGGUCACUGUUUUUAAAACCUUUGUCGGCGUCCGCCGCUGGCGAACAGUUUUUCCACCUCAGGCAGACUCCUCAACAGUCUGCCAAUGACUUUGCCCUCGAACUAGAUCGUUUAGCCUGCAGCGCUUAUCCGUCUUCCCCCGCUGCCGAACUGAAUGAGAUUUUCCUCGAUCGCUUCAUAGCUGGCCUCCGCGACCGCGCACUUUACCUACAUCUCGUCAUCGGCCGUCCUCCUGACCUCCUUACCGCUCUCGAACAAUGCUCUCGUUUUGCCUAG